AUGGCAUCUCUUCAUCCCAUCCUUGCCAUCCUUGCCAUCCCAGAGCUCAUCGAGCUUAUCCUCCUCAACCUGGACACGCGUACUCUCCUAACCUCAGCACAAAGAGUAUGCCACCAGUGGCACAAAAUAAUCGCCAACUCGAAGCCUCUUCAACAGGCUCUCUUUUUCGAACCCACCGAAGAAGAACACGACAAACCAAACCAAAAGAGAAUACGAAACCCUUUCAUCGAGAAGAUCUGGCCGCAACUCUUUACCCAGUUAGGAGCCUUCAACCAAAAGAAGGAUGAAGGGAACAAAUAUCUGCGCGAGAGCGCCAGCUGGCGGCGUAUGCUCAUUCAACAGCCGCCAACAUCGAAAAUCACCGUUGUCAACCCGGUGAACUCAUCCAAGUUCAUCAAGGAGAAGGCGAAACACUAUGGAGAGGUGUGCUACGGCGCUCAUCUCCGUAUGCACGUCUUGUAUGAUCUCUUCAAGAAGGAUGUGAUCAAUUUUUGCCAUGAAGCGUGGACACUUUCCUCCGACGACCCAAGGUUCCACAUGACGAUGAUGGGCAACUAUUACAAGAUUGUCAUUUGGCAAGCACUGCAGAAGUGCGCUAUUGUCGUGUUUACACCCCAUGCCCAGGACAUUCUUAACCCUGCGCAGUAUGUUCGCAAGUUUGAGCGCUGCUAUUAUGCCGAGCCCGAGUUAAUACAGUGGUUUAAUGAAUAUAGGGCCAGUUACGAAUGGAAUGAGAAGUAUGGAAUUUGUAUUGAGAAUGUCUAG